CGCCCCUGGAAGAACCGCCCUCGGCGUCAAGGGUGCUUGAAAACUCAAACGGCACAGAGGUAGGGAACACUAGUUGUCAAGUGUUCGUCGAGGACACUCAAAAACUACAACUCUGGGUCCUUCGUCCUUUAAACUUCAACAGUUCAAAUUUACCAAAGUUUAUAUAACAAAUAUUUUCUGUUGAGAAAUAUCUGUACUUUUUGUGAAAGGACAAAUUUUGCAAAAAAGGAGAAAAUUAGUAAGACUUAGUAAAAGUGUGAAUAUUAGUUGAAUAAUUUGGAUAAUUGUAUUUUCAAUUUUUGGGAAAAAGUGAUAUUCGAGUGUUGGAUUUACUAUAUUCGAGUAUAUAUAAAUAAGUGCUGCAGUGAUUGAAAGUGCCGUUUCUUUUUGUUUUUCGAAAAAAAGAGUGCUUUUAGUGGAUAAUGUACUGACACAAACAGAAUACAGGAGACAGUAUUUCUGAUAAUGGACCUUUUGAAAAUGGCGGACAAGAAUAAAAUAGUGCCGUGGUGGUUGCCCUAUCAACUCAAUCACGUUUGGUAUAGUCAACAGCUUCUUAAAUCUAGAUUGCUGCAGGAAAGUAUAAAAAUGCCUCCAAGAACUGGGUUCCAUAUUAGUGAUAUUUUAGGAUCAAAUGACACGAAACCAGCGCCGGAAGAAACCGAUGUGCAAAACGGAACAACGGUUUUAUCGUCCAUGAGCGAAAUACCCUUUGCCUAUCAGCAACUUUUGGAUGCGGCGAUGCUUCAUCCGUCGGUUCCGGUGCACGGGACGAAUUUUAACUUAAACAGGGUUUCUGGACCAACAGCCCCUGGAGCCCCUCCGGGAGGUUUGCUGGGAUGCUGGCACAAUCCAGUUGUUCCCAAUUUACCCUCCUCUUUACCUCAGUCAAUGGACGAAGUUGGUGCCCUCCAACAACCAGACUCGACCAGUCCGACGAUUUCAGACCUCUCAUAUCCAAGCCAACGGGAAAAUAAUCUUCCGGGCUGCAAAGAGGAAGACGAACUUCAAGAAGAGGAACUCGAGGAGGAUGAGGAUGAUGACGAGGACGACGACGAGAGUCGCGAGGAGAAGAAAAAGAAUAAAGACUCCGACGACUCGAAAUUGAAAAGUCCACGUCAGCGUCGAUCUCAAGAAAUGGCCGAGGAGGAAGCUGAGCAUAAAAAGAGAAAGAGACGAGUUCUUUUCUCCAAGGCACAAACUUACGAACUGGAAAGAAGAUUCCGACAACAGAGGUACCUCAGUGCACCGGAAAGGGAACAUUUAGCCUCGAUUAUUCGACUCACACCCACACAAGUGAAAAUCUGGUUCCAAAAUCAUAGGUACAAGACGAAAAGAGCAGCAACCGAGAGAGUCGAGGCUGCUGGCAAUAGAUUGGAUUGUUCGCCAAGAAGAGUAGCCGUUCCAGUUCUGGUCCGGGAUGGAAAGCCCUGUCAGUCAAAACUCCUCGAACCGUGUUCGACCGCCGCCGCAGUCGCCGCUGCUGCAGCCUCCGCUAAUGCCGCCGUUUAUGCCACGCCAAACGGUUUGCCCAUGCACUCCUACAUGCACCGGUGGUGGUAGUUUUCGGAUUGUGAUAAAAAUCGUGCUGUUCAAACAAUGUGGAAUAAGAAGCUAAUACUUAUGUUCAAUUGAAUUUGAUCAAGUGUGUUGACCAACUUUGAUCGAAUAGUUACUGACCACGUUCCUUUAUUCUUAAGAAACAAUUUAUAAACAUCAAUAAGUCAUCACAAGUCAAUAUUUCCAUCUGAUGACUUAAUUAAUCCUCUGCUGAUACUAACGACCAUGUCAUUUUUGACGCUUGCGAGUCUAUCGCCAUUCUAUGUCAAAUAGAGUAGAGAGGUUAAUAUUCGAACAUUUACUUGAACCUCGGUUUCAUUGGAAAGUUUGCAAUAUUUUUAAAAUCUGAUGAAUUGUAAUCAGAAUCGCAAUAACGGCAAAAGAGUAUUUUUACUGUAUUUCUCAUUAUCCACACUUCUUAUUCCACUUUUUAAAUUAUCAAAUUAAUAGAGUUGAAAAUUUUUGUAAAAAAAAGAAAAUUGAAAAAAAGUGCUAUUUGUAAAUUGAUAUAAGUGUCAAGUUCGCGUCGUGGCGCCCACUGCGAAGAAAAACAAGAGUAAUUCGGUGCAAAUAAUAGAAAGACGUCGGGUUCGUUUCUCGAUUGAAUCGAGGUUUCUGACGUUCUUUAAUAUCCAGUGUGUCCCAGUUUAGAAAUUUUUUAGGCUCAAUAUGAUGACUCUCACAUGUAUUAUUAGUGCUUGAUGAACUAAGUAGAAAAUAAGGCAUACACCUCAUAUCUAUACACACAUAAAAAAAGAGGUUAAUUAUGCCUAAAUAGGUAGCAGAAUCUCGUGAGUUUUUCACAUUGUUGAAUGUAAUUUAAAAAUUCGUCGGCUUCUUUUUUUUCUUAAUGCUUUUUUUUCACUCUGUAUAUCAAAUUUGACCAUCACUUACAGAAUAUUUCAAGUAUUGAUUUUUUUACGAUUGAUCUCACUGAUGGAAUAUAUAGUAAAUUUGAAAACUUUUCCCAUUCUCCAACAUCUCAAAUGAUUAUGUAUUCAAUUGUUGUAAAGCAACUUUUACUUAUUUGAAAAUUGACGAAAUUUUGUAAUGAAAAUAAAAAUUGACCUAAAUUGAAUUGCGAAAUGUACAGGAUGUGUUUGUCGGAGAAUUUGAGACACCAAAGAAAAAUAAAGCAUUGCACAUUGUGUUCCUUUUGUUGAACGGGGAAAAGCCUUAAAAUGUCAGUUUAGGUCCUGAAAACUCUUUUUAUGAGCAACUUUCGUCUAUACCACUGACUUUUAUCGGAAAUCUUACUGCUGAAUUUUAUACUAUGUUAGAGUAAAAGAUUCUGUUAUGUUCGAAAAGAGAACUUCCUUCUUCAAUUCCAAACUUGUUUCGUACCAAACUAACUUUAGCAAAAAGGACUCGGUAAAUUGAAUAAAUGAAUCAUUUUGUUUACAUAAAAUGAACAGUCAAACAAAAUAGUAGCUACACAAAUAAUAAACCUAAAAUACUUGAAAAAUACUUAAAAAAUACUAAAAAAAACUAAAACAAUUUAAAAACAAAACAAAGAAUUUCAAUUUACAUUCUACGUCCUUUUUGGUAAAAUUAUUUGUUUGUAAUUUUAUACAACGUGACACUAUUGCUAUUCUAUAAUGUAAAUAAAUUCUCUAUAAAAAUCGAAAAAUACUAUAUAUUGUAUAAGAAAACAGAAUCUUUUAUAUUUGCGUCUGCCUAUAAAUAAAUACCCAAACCUAUCUAUUAAUUCGAAAGUGACGUAGCACGUACGUCUUUAAAAAAUUUUUUCCAUUAGCGAUGUCACGCGACCAAAAGAAAAAUCGAAGCAAAUUGUGGGUGUCGACGGUGUGUAAAUAUUUUACUUCGAUCAUCAAUGACGCAUCUUUUUCUCACUUAAAAAAAUGAAAACAUGUUUUCAUACGGAUUUCAAAGAAAUCCCACUGUGCAAAAAACCGGAAGUCAUUAAAUUUUCUAAAAUUAUAGGUCAUUAAUCAAACAGCAAUUUUCAAUAACAAUACCGAAAUAAAGAUCAAAAAAAUGUAUAAUUAAAUAUAAAAUACUCUUCCUCAUGCAAAAAAAAAAUAAU